AUGGGGUACCACGCAGACUACUCCUCAACCGAGAACCUCACCAAGAAAGAAACCCUCCAGCACGUGCUCGACUCCUACACCGCGCUCGAGACCUCGAACUGGGUAACCAACCUCUCCAACUGCUCCUCGCUCCUCUGGCACGCCUACCACUCGCUCAACGUCCGCGUCAACUGGACGGGCUUCUACCUCGCUUCCGGUACCAACACCCACAGCCAAAGCAGGGAGUUGGAGUUGGGGCCCUUCCAAGGUAAAGUCGCGUGCCAGUCGAUCAAGUGGGGCCAAGGUGUAUGUGGCGUAGCGGCGCUGUUGAAGGCGACGCAAUUGGUGGCGAACGUGCAUGAGUUUCCGGGCCAUAUCGCGUGCGAUGGGGAGACGCAGAGCGAGGUUGUCGUGCCGAUUGUCAAGGGGGAUGAUGUUGUGGGUGUGAUUGAUUUGGAUUGUUUGCUGUUGCUGGGGUUCGAUGAGGUUGACGUGGAGUAUUUGGAGAAGUUGGCUGAGUUGAUUAGCCGUUGUCUCUAG